AUGCAUUCUAGUUCUAGAAGAAACUAUGAUUCCGGUGCUUUCAAGCGUAAGAAGAAAUUUAAAUUAGAAGAGGGUGCUGAAUCUCAAAAGGGUGCCAUUGAUAAAUUUGUUCUGAAAAGACCCCGAACUAAUUCUGAAAAUCAAACACCAAAAGCUAAUAUUGAUGAUGGUCAUGGUAAUAAUGCAGAAGAGGCUGAGGUUCCCGCUACAGAAAUUCAUGAAGGUGAUGAUAGUCAUAGUGAUAAUGCAGAAGAGGUCGAGGCUCCCGCGACGGAAAUUGGUGAAGGUAACGAUGCCAAUAUUGCUGAUGAAGAUCAUGGUCCUAAUAUUUCCGAUGACAUGAAUAAUUCUGUUCAGCCUGAUAUUUUUUAUCCUAGAAAUUGGGAUGGCCUUGAUCCUAAAAAGAUUGAUAUUUUGCUGUAA